GCCGCUUUUCUCAGGCUAAUCUUAAAAGACGCGUUAAGCCUGCCGGGGAGCGUGGAGACUGGAUGAACAGGACCGUGGGGGCAGGGAGAAAGGGAGUGGCCGUGUUCCCGCGGUCUGCUGGGAUUCGGCGGAUGGAGGAUGAAGGAGAUGGGGUUGGAGUAGGUGGAGUGGCAGGGCGGUGCACGGUCGCAGUCCGCCGCCACUUGGGUGCGGAAUUCGAGCUGGACUUGCGGAGCACCCCCUCCCCCUCCGCUUCUCCCUCCCUUUCCUUAAAGCAUCAUCUAAAGCAUCAUCAGCGGCGGCGGCGGCAGCGGCGUAGUCGCAGAAAAUCGAGAUCCUUGGAGCGCCUGGAGGCGAGUGGAGGAGCUGGGGAUAUGGGGAGUCAGUGGGGGCGGCAGGGCUCGGAGCCCUUGAGAACGCCUGGGAGGGGAGCGGCCUCGGGCGUUUGUAGCGCGUGAGCCGUGAAGAGCCGCGAGGGCGGAGGCGGGGCCCGGCGAGGAGCAGGCUCGCCAAGCUGCUGCCUCCUGCCCUGCCCCGGCUGCCUCCGCCAGGGCCGGCGGCUAUGGAGCUGGCGGGCACCAGACCUGGGGCGACAGAGCAUCCGCGACCCCUGCGGCCCUUGCCCUGGUUGUUGUUUCUGUCUUUCCGCCUGCUGCUGGUGCUGCUGCCAAGCCCAGCGGCCUCCCAGCUACGAUACUCGGUGCCGGAGGAGCAGAGCCCGGGCGCGCUCGUGGGCAACGUGGCCAGAGCCUUGGGGCUGGAACUGCGGCGCUUGGGACCCGGCUGCCUGCGCAUCAACCAUCUGGGUGCGCCCAGCCCGCGCUACCUGGAACUGGACUUGACAAACGGAGCGCUCUUCGUCAACGAGCGCAUCGAUCGAGAGGCACUGUGCGAGCAGCGGCCUCGUUGCCUCCUUAGCUUGGAAGUGCUGGCGCACAACCCGGUGGCAGUGAGUUCGAUCCAGGUGGAGAUACUGGACAUCAAUGAUAACUCGCCGCGCUUCCCGCGGCCGGACUACCAGCUUCAGGUAAGCGAGUCUGUGGCACCUGGAGCGCGGUUUCACAUUGAGAGCGCACAGGAUCCCGACGUUGGUGCCAACUCAGUGCAGACCUACGAGCUCAGCCCCAGCGAACACUUUGAGCUGGACCUUAAACCCCUGCAGGAGAAUAGCAAGGUGCUGGAGCUCGUGCUGCGGAAGGGCCUAGACCGAGAGCAGGCUGCCUUGCACCACUUGGUUCUCACUGCGGUGGACGGGGGCAUUCCAGCUCGCUCAGGCACAGCUCAGAUCUCUGUUCGCGUCCUGGACACUAAUGACAAUUCUCCUGCCUUUGACCAAUCCACUUACCGUGUCCAGCUGCGGGAGGACGCUCCCCCAGGCACCUUGGUAGUGAAGUUGAAUGCUUCGGAUCCGGAUGAGGGUUCUAACGGUGAACUCAGGUACUCCUUGAGCAGCUACACAUCUGACCGGGAGAGACAACUUUUCAGCAUAGAUGCCGUUACAGGGGAAGUCAGAGUAAGUGGGACUCUGGAUUAUGAGGAGUCUUCCUCCUACCAGAUCUAUGUGCAAGCGACUGACCGGGGACCAGUACCCAUGGCGGGUCACUGCAAGGUGUUGGUGGACAUUCUGGAUGUGAAUGACAACGCUCCCGAGGUGGUCCUCACAGACUUGUACAGCCCAGUGCCCGAGGAUGUGGCUCUCAACACUGUUGUGGCCCUUCUCAGUGUGAAUGACCAAGAUUCGGGCUCCAACCGGAAAGUGAGCCUGGGUCUGGAGGCUACGCUGCCUUUCCGGCUCAAUGGCUUUGGAAACUCCUAUACACUCGUGGUGAGUGGCCCACUGGAUCGGGAGCGGGUAGCUGCCUACAACAUCACAGUGACGGCCACUGAUGGGGGAACACCACCACUCACCUCUCAAAAGACACUGCAGAUUGAGAUCUCUGACAUCAAUGACAAUCCGCCGAGCUUUCUGGAGGACUCCUAUUCCAUCUACGUCCAGGAAAACAAUUUGCCGGGUGUGCUGCUUUGCACGGUGCAAGCCACAGACCCAGAUCAAAAGGAGAACGCAGAGGUGACUUACUCACUCCUAGACCGGGAGAUCCAAGGGCUGCCAGUCACCUCCUAUGUCUCCAUUAACAGUGCCAGCGGCAGCCUUUAUGCUGUCAACUCCUUUGACUACGAGAAAUUUCGAGAGUUCUUUGUGACCGUGGAGGCCCAGGACAAGGGGAGGCCACCACUAAGUAGCACUGUGACCGCCAAUGUGUAUGUGGUGGACGUGAAUGACCACGCCCCUCAUAUUCUAUACCCUACCUCAACUAAUUCAUCAGCAGCCAUUGAGAUGGUGCCUCGGACUGCCCCUGCUGGCUACCUGGUCACCAAAGUCAUAGCCAUGGAUUCAGACUCUGGGCAGAACGCUUGGCUCUUUUACCAUUUAGUCCCAACGUCUGACUCCGACCUCUUUAAAGUAGAACUUCACACGGGAGAAAUUAGGAUUACCAGAAAGAUAGGAGAUGAGAGUGGUACCACUUUCAACCUGACUGUGGUGGUUCGCGACAAUGGAGAGCCACCUCUAUCAGCUACUGUGGCCAUUACGGUAGCUGUGGUGGACAGGGUUUCUAAAAUGCUCCCGGACACUCAGAGACAUAUAAAGAGUGCUCGGACAUACUCUGAAAUCACACUUUAUCUCAUAAUAGCAUUAAGCACAGUGUCUUUUAUAUUCCUCUUGACAAUCAUUGUUUUGAGCAUCAUCAAGUGCUACCGCUACACUGCCUACGGCACGGCGUGCUGCGGAGGCUUCUGUGGAGUGAGGGAGCGGUGCCCGGCGGAACUGUACAAACAGGCCAAUAACAAUAUCGAUGCCAGGAUACCACACGGCCUCAAAGUACAGCCUCACUUCAUUGAAGUUCGAGGCAAUGGCUCCCUCACCAAGACCUACUGCUACAAGGCCUGCCUGACAGCAGGCUCAGGGAGCGAUACUUUCAUGUUUUACAACACAGGGGCCCAGACAGGGCCAGGACCUGGGGGAGCCCAAGCCUCGGUGACUGAUAACAGGCAUCUCACGGGCCAAAGUGGGCAGAGGCAGAGUACCGGGAACCUGAUUAUCCUAAAAAAUGAGGCUGUCUCUCAAAAUGAGCCCCGACAGCCCAACCCUGACUGGCGUUACUCUGCCUCGCUGAGAGCAGGCAUGCACAGCUCCGUGCACCUGGAGGAGGCGGGCAUUCUUCGGGCUGGUCCAGGAGGGCCUGAUCAGCAGUGGCCAACAGUAUCCAGUGCGACACCAGAACCCGAGGCAGGAGAGGUGUCCCCUCCAGUGGGUGCUGGUGUCAACAGCAACAGCUGGACCUUUAAAUACGGACCAGGCAACCCAAAACAGUCCGGUCCCGGUGAGUUGCCAGACAAAUUCAUUAUCCCAGGAUCUCCUGCAAUCAUCUCCAUCCGGCAGGAGCCUGCUAACAACCACAUUGACAAAAGCGACUUUAUAACCUUCGGCAAAAAGGAGGAGACCAAGAAGAAGAAGAAAAAGAAGAAGGGUAAAAAGCAGGAGAAAAAAGAGAAAGGGGACAGCACCGACAACAGUGGCCAGUGAGGCCACCAAACGGAAACAAGCCACUUAGCCAGUUUUUGUAAUGAUGGCAAAUCUCUCCCACGUAGCAAUUCCCUGCUCCUUUCUCCUAUGACAUGAGCCCUCUUAGAGACCUCAGAAAUCUGCAGAAAGUUCCCUGUGUCUGUCUUGAUCGCAUUGAACAGGUUUUGUCUUAAAAGCUUCCCCAAGUCUGGUGUUAACUCUCUCUCUCUCUCUCCCCGCUCUGGCUUGUUUUCAGAACCUAAAAAGCAGACCCAAGUUUCCUUUCUCCUGCGCCGCAAAGGAGAGGCUUCCCAGCCCCGCCAGUGAGAGUUGGACUCUCUGCCCUGUGCUUCAGGCAUCUUGAUGGCAUUUGCAGGGCAGGCUGAAAGGUAUUCAGGUUGAGCAGCCUGGGUGUUUGUGGUCACUGGGUGUGUGUGUAGCUACCUUGAGUGUUCAAGAGCCUGAUACUGGCUGGGGUGGUCCAGAUUAGACUCGUUAACACAAGAAGGGCUGGGAAACAAAGAUACAGAAGCAGCGGGAGUCUUCGGUCUGGAGGGGGAAAUGUGAAGUUAAAAGGGACCAGACUUUCUCAGUUUCUCAACACAAGGUGUGGUGGGCAUCUUCUAGCUGAAAAAACCACCCCACUGACAAAGCUUUGGGAGCCCCUCAAGUCUGUUGGCUGUCGUAUCUCUGUACUCCAAACCUGCUUUGCUUAUGCACACAAGCCAGCAGCUCAAGUGUUGAACGGAGGGCCAGCCAGGGCAACAGAAGCAGAUCUGAUGUGUUUCCUGUACACGUCCUUGUGCUCACGCUAUUAACAAUUCUUUUGCACACAAUGUUUAUGAAAAGGACACAUCCUUUUCCAACAACACAUAUGCAAAAGCAAAAGAAGAACCCCAACACCUCACUUUAUGCUGUUUGUUGAUUCAUAGAUUUAUUAAAAAAAGAGAAAGUCUAUAGCUAUAAAUCUUUAAAGAAGUAUGAUGAAUACAAUUUCCCACAACUCCCCUCAAAAGAGAAUCCAGUCUACAGCCAUUGAAAAUGAUCAUUGCUGCUACAGAAGUGCUUUAAGAGAAUUGCCUGGAACAUCUGUAUUAUACCGGCCACCUGCCAAUCACAGCUUUACUCUUUCAGGUCACUCUGGGGCUGCCUCUUGCAUGUAGUAAUUCCUAAAUAAAAGGAUCUUUCUCUCUCUCUCUUUUCUAAGAAAAAUGAUGUGCACUUUGAUUACACAACCUUCUCUAACCCACUAUCUCAAGGCCCAGAAACUGAAGAAAAAUAUCGUUUUUCUCAUACAGUGAGCAGACUUUUCAUUCCUCUGAUCCUGUGAUUGUCUCGGUGUGCUAGCCUACACCUUCGCCUUGUUUAGUUUUCCUUUUCUAUAACACUCUGAAUUGCUAAUCUUACUAACACCUAUGAUGUUACCUGAAUCGAUCUCCCAUAUGUAUGCUGUAUGCUAUUAUAAGACUCCUGAGAUAUACUUACUCUGUGCUUGUGUAUGUGAAUGUUAAUGCAACUAUUACCUAGAGUGAACUUUAAGCUUUAUUGUUGAAUGUAAGCCCAUUAUAUUUCCUUUUGUACACCUGUGGAACAGUGAAAUAGUGUUUUUUUUAAACCAUUGUUAAUCAGCUUUUUCUGUAUGAAAGACACAGUAAAAUUUCUUUCUUAAAUCAAUAUGCUGGUGAUUCAAGGAAUUUUAUUUAUGGUCAGCCAAGGGCUGUCUCUUGCCAAGAUUUCUGCUGGCAAGAGAAUGGAUAAAGCUUUUUUUUUUUCUAGUAACAAUUCUGGAAUAAAUGCCGAAGAAAGUACCUGAGGGUAUGCAAGCACAAAAUUGUACCAAUCUGACCUCUUUGAAUUUGCAGAUUGCUUUGAAAUGCUAUCCGGAAUAUCAGCUCAUAGAAAGUAAUAAAAUUUACUGUUACCAUAAAGAAGACAUUUUUAAGUUUGUUGUGCACAACUUAGAAGUUUAAUUAUAUUUAUCUAUUUAAAGUUACUAUAAAAAAGUAGGAGUCUGUUUUAAAAGGUAUAAAAUCUAAAAAAAAAAAAACUGUCUUGUCUCCUUUUAGCUUCAUUCUCCCAUAUUUUGAAGGGUGUGUAACUUCAGCUCUGCAGGAUUGCAUGGGGUAAAACUUGUGGACAACACGUGUGAACCAUUGCUACAUUGUAGGUUGUGAUCAUUUUGCCCCACUGAAGCCCAUGUAACUGACCUUACGUGCCUUUUGAACUAGGAGAAUCGGGCUAAUUUAAUAAUGAUGAUAACUAUAAUGUAUAUGUACAGCACUUUUAAAUUUAUGAAGUGCUUUCCAAUUCGUGUUAGUUACUAGUUAUUACAGCUGUAAGGAUAAAACACGUCAUGUGGAUUCAUUUUUAAUUGGUGCUAUUGGUAUUUCUUCUGUUAUUGCUAAUAAAUGGACAUGGUGGU